UUCAUAACAGAACAAUUGCACACCACAUUUCCAUUAGGCCCUUUAAGCGCCAACUGAAUUCAUGGCAAUGACGUCGGACGCAAAGUGCAAUGAGACGACGCCAGGCUGCAGACUACGAGUAUAAAAGGCAAAAUUUCACUAACAAAAAUUUUAUAAAUUUAAUUGCUGGCAGAGGACUAACAAGCAUUUCAGUUCAAAAUUCAAUUUACCAAAAUAGAAUAAGAGCAACCGAAAAUGACGCUCGUGCCAACCACGUAUGACAGUUACGCGCGUGAACUCGAUCGUCCACGUUACUAUCCACCAUAUGACUUUCAUCUAUACCCCUACCUCUGGGACGACACGCGAUUGUCUUGGCCCUCAACGGAACAUCUGCUGCGUCCACUGGACGACUUGGUUACGCGUCGCGUGCGCAAUCAGUUGAUACAAUCCUCACUGCUGGACUGGCGUUAUCCGAUGCGUUGGGAGAAUUACUAUGCGGGCGAGCGUGUGCAUGUGGAUGAGAAGGGAUUUCAAGUGGACAUUGAUGUGCGUCAAUUUAAGCCACACGAGAUUGUGGUGAAGACCAACGAUGACUAUGUGAUCGUGCAGGGAAACCAUGAGAAGCGAAACGAUGGCAAUGGACUUGUGGAACGCCACUUUAUACGGAAAUAUUUACUGCCACGCGGUUUCAAUGCCAACAAUGUGAUUUCAAAUCUUUCAUCCGAUGGUAUUUUGACCAUCAAAGCGCCACCACCACCGCCAACUAAGUACUACACACCGAAUGAGCGUUUGGUGCGGGUACAUGAAACGGGUAAAUUGGCAUUGCCCUGGAAAUGAGUGUGAUUCGCUUGAAUGACAGUAAAAAUCAAAACAAAAAUGCAUGCAAAAGCAUUUGGUCACACAGGUGCAAUAGAAACAAGUGAAAAAUUGUUUAAUUAGAAUUGUAAACACCUUCAAGUUGUAAAUAAGUACAAAAGUGAAAUAAAUUAAUCAUCAACAAAAGUUA